AUGAAUGGCAAAUAUCUUGACGAUUACCUGUCAGUGGUCGCGAUUGACGUUGCCGUGGAAGAGAAGACGAGAAUCGCCAGAAUAGCUGUUGCGACAUUGCACAAGCUGCAUAACGUAAUGCUGCAGAUGAAAGAUUGGCGGGACGAUAGCGCGAAACUGAAGAGUAAUAUCUGGCGAAUGAAAAUGGCUUUGCGUGCGGAUGACAAGAAUGGGAACGAUAACCAGCAAAUCGACCCUUUGAUCGUGCAUCAGAGGACGGAGAUUAGUCGGUUGGAGCAGGCAAACGACGCUUUAGAGAAUGAAGUAACGAGUCUAAAAUGCGCUUUAACGAAAACCGAGGAGGAUAUCAUGCGUAUCACUAACUCUGAAAUAGGUGAUAAGAUCGCCAUACUUGAGAAUGAAUUCUUAAGUGAAAGAGAACGCAUGAACGACGAAAUUUUGUGUCUGAAGGAGCGAUUGAAAGAGGUUGACGAGAGCGAGACGAGUGUCAUGUUGAAACAACUCAGGGAUGAACUGAAUGAAUUCGCGAGAGGUGAUCGGACGAUAGAAAUAAUCUUCGCUAAUGCGAUCGGCAAGACCGUUGAGAUGAUUAUCGGUUUGUCGGAGGAACUCGUGAACGUUAGCGAGAAUUUGUAUAGGUUUAAGACCAGAAAUAGGAAUCUGCGUCUCAAGCUAGACAGAUCAAGAGCCAUGCUGCGAUCGAGAUGUGGUAAGAGCGCGGAAUAUCAGAAGAGAAUCGGCGAAUUGAACAAUCUCGCCGAACAAUUGAUGGGAGAGAUGGGCCGGCUGAAAGUUAUUCGUGAGAAUGCGAACUAUAGCGAAAGUUCGGACGCCACGGAUAUCCCAGACGUUGUUAGACACGUCGAACGUUUGAUGAACGACUUGAGGAACAAUUUAAAGAGCGAUCGCGAAGCGAUGAUCGCCGCCGGCGAUCCUGACUGUUUGAAAUACAUGAAGAAAGUAGUUAAUCUAAAAGUAAACCUGAAAGUACUGUCCGUGGAGCUUAGACGAUCAAACGUGCCGAUAGACAAACGGUUAUGCGAGAAUCUCCAGUACGAGAAAUGCUUAGAAACAGCUUCAUCAUUGAAUGAUUUUCUACAGGAAAUCGACAAUGAGAUUGAAAAAUUGAAAAUAAAACCGAUGAACAAAUAUUGCAAAAUCGGUGGCAUCAGCAGUUCGCAAUAUAUGAUCAAAGUCAUGGAACUCGAAGAUAUUGUUAGAAAAUCAAUUGCAAUAAUCGCUAUUUUAAAACAAGCUCUGCCGGAAGUUAUAAAUACCAAUGAGAAAAUAACGGAGAUAUUAGAAGACUUGAUUGAGCAAUUGUGCAGUAAAAUAAAGGAACUCGAAAUUUUUGAUGACCGCGCGAAUUUACGUGACAGAAUCGAACAACUUGAAGCUAUGCUCAUGUACUUAAAAUCGGAAUUAUUGGAAAAGAAUGAACGUAUAAAUGCACUGAACGACGAGCAUGCAAGCAUCGGAUUAACGUCAAAGAGAGAUCGUGAGAAGUAUGAGAAGAUUAUCGCUGACAUACGCGAGGUAAACGAGACUCUCCGAGGAGAUGUAGAAAAAGGGAAACAAGAAAUAUUGGAGCUGUCGCUUAAACACGAUCAUUCCGAACGACGUGUCGCGGAAAUGCAACUGAUGAAGGUUGAAAUUGAUGCAGCGAAGAAAGAAUUGCAGAACCUUCAUGAUGAUAAAGAGAUGUUAUUAGGGGAAACGGAAAGGAUGCGUAACGUUCUCGAGGAGAAAGACGAGGAAAUUGAGAAUAUUAUUACCCAGAAGAACGUGCUGAAAGCCGUCCUUAGGGCGGAGACAGAGGACCUGAAGACGAAACUUGGGAUCGCUUCCGAUGAAAAUGUAAAACUGAGAAGUAUAAUUGAGGGACUUGGGAAACAGGAGGAACGCGAACGACUGGGCAAAUUGAAAAGUUCGGAGAAGGAAAACGGCGGGAAGGAACGAGACAAUGGCGAAGACCGUGCACAAAACCUCAGGGAUGAAUUGGAGUACUUGAAAGCUGAGUCAAAUGAGCCUAAAAUAAAUCUGGACAAGGCGGACAAGCGAAUCGGUUAUUUGAAAUGCGCGUCGGAUGAAGACAUCGAGGACAAGGCCGAGCCGGAGAAUAAAAUUUCUUAUUUGGAACCUAACGAGCAGUCGUUGACGUAUCGAUUAAAUGUCCCGAUAAAUGCUAGCGAGGAAACAUCGGGAAAAUUCAACAGAGUGAUAGCGGAAUACAAAACGUCGAAGAAUAAAGUCAAACAGCUUCAGAACGAGAAAGAACAACUCGAAGAGGAGUUGUCGAAGUUGAGGUCUGAGAAAGAAUUGUUGGAUAGGUCGAUGUCCGAUGUCAAUAACAAGUGCGCCGGUCUGCAGGAUCAAGUUAACAAAUUUAAGUCCGAGCGUAACGGCCUUCGGGAGAAGAUAAGCGAACACGAAGCUAUUGCGGAGAAUUUAAAGUUUGAACUAGAGAGAGCGCGGGCGGAACUCGAAGAUGCGGUUGUUAAUAUGGCGCGCCUGCAAUCGGAGAACUCGAAGGCCAUCGGCGAUUUGGAUACGCUGUCUCUACGGAAUACCGAGACCGAAGACCGUGUACGAAUGCUGUUGACAGAAAAAAACGAGUUCGCGACGCGUAUUAACGAGCUCAAUGAUGAGAACGUCGCUCUGCGAGAGCAAUUGAAUAAGGCGAGUGAGGAGAAUGAAUAUUUUUCCAUGAAAUUGAAUAAAUCAAGGGUCGAAAAUGACAAAGCGAAAGCGGAAAAUGCCCUUCUGCAGGCUACCUACGACGCGAGGGAAAAGGACAAUGUCGAGCUAAGGAAGGAGAGAGAUGACGCGAAAGGAAGAAUAAAUGAAAUCGCUAACAAGUGCAGAGCACUCGAUAAUCAACUGAAGAUCCAGCGAAUGAAGUAUGAGGCGUUGCGACUUACUGCGGCCACGUUGCACGACGAAAAUAAUGAUCGUAAAAAUUAUUUAAAGAAGAUCGAUAUGCAGCAUCCGUUUGUGACGAGAUUCGCUACUCAUAACGAGAUUAAACAGAAACAAAAUUGCUCGGAUACCGCGCGUACGAGUAUAAAGGUCGAAAUUGGCGAACGGAGGGACGGUGGAACAGAAGUCAAAGUAGAAUCUGAUACACGUGUUGGUCACAAGAACAAAGCGGUGAUCAAAGACGAGUCAAAGGGCGAGCUAGAGAGAUCGAAAAGCGAAAAUAAUUCUUUGAAAUUAGAGCAGGCGAAUUUGAAGUCCAAAAAUUCCGAAGUUACGUUGAAACUGGUGGAAGGUAGAUCCGAAAAUGCAGUGCCAGUGUGGAUAAAAGUUUCAGAUGACGAUGAAAUUAGUGGUUCUACCUUGAAGAAAUGUGAGAAGGCGAAUAUCUGGCAUGAGAAAGAAAUAAGCAAUUAUUCUAAUUAUUUCAAUAAUCCGGAUAUAUCUAAAGAUAGCGAAAGAACCGCGACAUUCGAUAUCGAUCAGCUCGAAGUUGAAAAUAGAGCGCUAAAGAUGAAAGGUAUUUCGUGUAGUCGCAACUCCUGCUUGAUGGACGACGGCAAGUUCGCUAGAGCGACGGACGAGAUUCAGGCUUUGAAACUCGAACUGAUGUAUCUACGAGACGAGAAAGCGACAUUGAAGUCGCAGUUCGAGAUAUUUAGGGAGGAAUUAAACGCAUUGAAAUCAGAGAGGAUGGCUUUAAAGGAUGAACUCGCCGCUUCGAGGAAGUCGAAUUUCGAUCUUAGGCUUACAGUGAACGACCUACGAAGCGUUAACGAAAAAUUGAAGGAGAUAAAUGUAAGAUUAGAGAAUCGUUCGCAGGAUACAUCGAAAAGAAUGAAUAAGUGCACUACACAAAUAUCGGAAGUAUCGGAUAAAAAAUUAAAAAAUAAUUAUGAGAAUGAAUUAAGUGAUUACUUAAAGAAGUAUAUUUCCACGGGAAAAAAUCUGCGGAUAACUAACAGGCGGAAUCGAUUCGAUCGCAUCUCUCCCAAGAAUCCUGGACUACAAUCCGUCGAAGAGAAUUUACAACAUAUAGAGGGACAAAAAUACUGA